AUGGACCAUGUCUCAAAUGUAGGUUCCGGCUCAAAGAUUGUGAACGCUGCAAAGUACCGGAACACAGACAUCGUUUGCUACUAUACGCUUCCGGGUCUACCAGAGUUGCGAACGAGGAACAGGAACAAGGCGGAGGUGGAUGUGGACCGUGAUACGUUCGAAUUGGAAUCGGGCCUCCUUACCCAGUUUGCAACUGUACUAAAUGACAAGGACUUCGGGGGAGUAUCAACUAAAGACGGUGAAAUAUUGGGCGAUAAUCACUAUCCUAUUGAUAUUAUGAAGACCUUCGAGGACAGCUUCAACCCAGAAACCAUGCUGGACAAACUCUAUAGCAUUGUGUGGAAGCCAGCUAAAGGAGAGCCAGGGUUGGCAUCGUAUCCAUACACUGAACCGAAUCCCAAGGUCAAUGUCCCGACCAAGGAAGAGGCUGACGACAUGUUUAAAGACAAGAAGAGGAAGGAACCAGAGAAAGACGAGCCAACAACAACUACGACAACAACAACUACGACAACGACGAACACCAACGACAAGAAACCACCAACGAAGACCGUAUCUGGCAAGAUUGUCGAGGAGUGCCGUGACCCCGAGUCAACACCUACCCCUUCCAAAAAACCAAACUCCCUUGCAAAUGGUUUGGGGGCUGCCGGUGGUGCAGGUCUUGGUGUGGCAGCUGCGACUGCAGUUGUAGUUGGUCAAAUGGAAACCCAAGGAGUUACCGCUGUAGCAGGUGCUUCACCUGCUUAUGCUACUGCUGGUAACGCGGGAGACCCUCCUGCAGGAGGUGGCACAACCAAUGGCGCUGCCCCAGAACCAAGCACACAACAAGCAACAACCGCCCAACAAACAACAGGCACGGGUGCAGGGCCAGAAACCAUGGAAGGUGAGGCUGAUGGAGCAGAUGUAGUUCCACGUAAGUCUUGGGGUGAAGAAUUGAAUGAUGAAAUCACGAAUCCCAUUGAGAGGGGUGCGAAAGGUGCAUGGGACGCUGUUAGUAAACAGGUGGGAACAGUUUUGACAAAGGUGACUUUAAGGGGAUUCUAA